AUGCAGAAUGCUGGGCUCAGCCCCACUCCGAGCCUCCGGGCUCUGGGGGCCCUGUCCGUGGCGGCCCUUCUCUCUGCUGUCUGGCUCUGGUGGCGGCUCGGGGCAGCCCCCGGGGGAGCCCCGGCCCCACAGCCCACGAUCACCAUCCUCGUCUGGCACUGGCCAUUUGCCAGCCAUCCUCCAGAGCUGCCUGGGGACACCUGCGCCAGGUAUGGGGUUGCCCGCUGCCGCCUGACCGCCAACCGCAGCCUGCUGGCCAGCGCCGACGCCGUGGUCUUCCACCACCGAGAGCUGCAGGCCCAGCGGGCCCGCCUGCCCCUGUCUGAGCGGCCGCGGGGCCAGCCCUGGGUGUGGGCCUCCAUGGAGUCGCCCAGCCACACCCGCGGCCUCGGCCGCCUCCGAGGGGUCUUCAACUGGGUGCUGAGCUACCGGCGUGACUCGGACAUCUUCGUGCCCUACGGCCGCCUGGAGCCCCGUGAGGGGCCUGCACCUCCUCUGCCGGCCAAGCGUGGGAUGGCCGCGUGGGUGGUCAGCAACUUCCAGAAGCGGCAGCGGCGUGUGCAGCUGUACCGGCAGCUGGCGCCGCACCUGCGGGUGGACGUGUUCGGCCGCGCAACUGGGCAGCCCCUGUGUGCUGGUUGCCUGCUGCGCGCUGUGGCCAGCUACCGCUUCUACCUGGCCUUUGAGAACUCCGAGCACCGGGACUACAUCACCGAGAAGUUCUGGCGCAACGCGCUGCUGGCCGGCACUGUGCCCGUGGCCUUGGGCCCCCCGAGGGCUGCCUACGAGGCUGUCGCCCCGCCUGACGCCUUCGUGCAUGUAGACGACUUUGGCUCGGCCCGCGAGCUGGCCGCCUUCCUCACCGGCAUGAACGAGAGCUGCUAUCGGCGCUACUUCGCGUGGCGAGACCAGUUCCGCGUGCGGCUGUUCAGCGACUGGCGGGAGCGCUUCUGUGCCAUCUGUGCCCGGUUCCCCCAGCUGCCCCGUGGCCAGGUCUACCAGGACCUUGAGGGCUGGUUCCAGGCCUGA